UUACGUAGGGAAGCAGCCGCCCACACUGACCUGGAUAUGUUAGUAGUGUGGACGACUCCUCCACUACCAUGGAUUCCAGAACAAAAUUGUUCUGUUUUUUUGACCAUCCUCAACGCGCGGACCUUCGUGUUGAAGACGGGUUUUACGGCAAGUGUGCAGCCACCCUUCGCCCUGUGAUUUGUGGCGCUUUAACAGCAUCGACGCAUUAUCUAUAAGAAUCUGGACUGAGUCGCGUUGUGGUGCAGGCCGGGGGUUUCGCUGUCUAAGUUCGGCGCGUGUGUCUGCUCGGGUUGACCGGAUCUGGAUAAUCACGCCUGGAUUCGUCCUCACAUGAACAGUCUUUACUUCUCGAGUGAAGAAGUGGAGCUAUGUCAGGUUGACUCUACUUGGGCAAGGUUUGGGCCGGAAGUUGGAUUGUGUUGCCUUCACAAUAUUCGCACAUAUUGUAUUCGUUUUUAUUGUGGAGCGAAUAUAUUAUGUGUGGACUACGGCAAUUAAGCAAGCAGACAAAACAGUAAAUUUUGUCUUAAGUUAGUUACAUAAUGUUGCCACUUAAAAUUUGCAGUCGAACUCGGAAUUAGCGCCAAUGUGUUAUAUUUUGAAAAACUAAAACGGAAGUAGUUUAUGUCCAUGCCGUUUUUGCUUGAUAGUGGUAGUUAGGGGGAUGUGGCCAGGAUGUAUUUAUGCUGCUGUUCAAGAUAUGAAUAUCAGUGAAUCGGUACUGCUUCGGGAGCCCUGCUUCACUACCGGCCACAGCGGGAGCCACGACGGUGCUGCUGCCGUCUGUCACCGCGGUUGUCGCCGUCGUCAGACGAAAACGACGAACACGACCAAGGAUUCUGUGCUGGUUUCGCCUGGACUGGACCAUCUCCAUGAGGGCUUCUCAACCUAACGCCCUAACACAUCAAGUAAUGAUGGAGCCAUCUCUAGCUCUCGGUAGACUGGAGCUGAACCCCAGCUCAGCCGCUGUUGGGGUAAACCUGACCCCGCGGAUCUCCGGCAGCCCCCCCGCGAAAGAGAAGAGCAGCCAGCGGCCGACGACGGGGCAACAAGGCCAGGCUCAUCUGAACGGCUGCGUCCCGCUGUCACAUCAGGUGGCCGGCCACAAGUAUGGAGUGGAUAAAGUGGGCAUUUUGCAGCAUCCAGAUGGAACGGUCUUGAAGCAGCUUCAGCCUCCACCAAGAGGUCCACGAGAGAUGCAGUUUUACAGCAUGGUGUAUGCAGAGGACUGCUGUGAUCCCUGUCUCUUGGAGCUGCAGAAUCACCUUCCAAAGUACUACGGGGCCUGGUCGUCUCCAGACAGCCCCAGGGACCUGUAUCUGAAGCUGGAGGACGUGACUCGCCGUUUCGUCAAGCCUUGCAUUAUGGAUGUGAAGUUGGGCCAGCGGAGUUACGAUCCGUUCGCCUCGCAGGAGAAACGGGAACAGCAGAUCAAAAAAUACCCACUGAUGGAGGAGAUUGGCUUCCUGGUCCUUGGCAUGAGAGUAUAUAAAGUGUGCAGUGACUCUUUUGACUCCUAUGACCAGCACUACGGGAGAGCACUGGUGAAAGAAACUAUUAAAGAUGGUCUGGCUAAGUUCUUCCACAAUGGUGUUUGUCUGAGAAAGGACGCAGUGUCAGCAAGCAUCCACCGGGUCCAGCAAAUCCUCCGCUGGUUUGAGUCCCAGCAGCAGCUGGCCUUCUACGCCAGCUCCCUUCUCUUCGUCUACGAGGGUCUCCCCGCUUCCUCCUCCUUCUCCUCCUCUUCCUCCUCCACCCUUUCCUCCCUUCUCAGCACCCCGUCCCUCAGCCCGACUGGGGUGAAAACCGCCACGCUGUCGUCGGUGGUCGACAGCUGUCAGAGGGAAGAGGGGGAAGUGAGACAGGAAGGGGCGGCGUUGAAAGAGGAGGUGGCAGAGAACAACAACAACAACAUUCAGGUGGUGGUGCCCUGGGAUUACAGCCUGGCCACCAUUUACACCAACCACAGGAAAGGGGGCCACCACCACUGUGCCAAGAGUCCUCUGCAAGGUAACGGUGGAGCCAGUGAAGCUGUGGAGACGACAGUUACUGGAGAGAACAACUCGGUACUGUGUCAGGAAGACAAUUCUGCAUGGAAACGAACAGGUGAGCCGGAGCAGCCACCGAACAGCAACGGUAACAAAUCACAACUGGAAGGGAAGGUUGUGGACGGAGAGAGGGAAGAGCACACCAGGGGGGGAGAGGAGGAGCUAAAAGGACAGGGCAAUGAUGCCACACAGGGGAACGGAGGAGACACGGAGGUGGAGGUGAGGAUGAUCGACUUUGCCCACGUUUUUCCAAGCCAGAGCCAUGAUCACGGCUACAUCUACGGCCUCAAACACCUGCUGACAGUGCUGGAGCAGAUCCUCUGUGACGCUGCCUGAAAAGCGGUCCCUCCACACUCCUCCCUUUGAAGCUGUCGUCCCGCCCCAGACGACCCCCACUGUCUCCUCCCUGUUCACCUUUCUCCUCCUCUUCUCAAAAACACAGAGCCCCUCCAGAGGAGAGAGGGGCGAAUCAUAGACGUGAAAAAAAACCCACAUCUUAAGCAUCAUCAUUCUCAUUUAUCAUCUCACCCGAUUGUCAUGGUCAGUCCAUCGGUCAUUUUUGUCUGUGUGUGUGUGUGUGUGCGUGCGCGCGCGUUGGAGGCCGACAGCUGUGUUAUCCCUGUGAUCGGCAGCACUACUACAUUGCGAUAAUCAGUCCACGGAGGCGUCACAAGCCCGUACUUAAACACAACAUCGUCAGCUGCAUGAUUUAGUGACGCUCGGUCGAGCUCCACAGAACCUGACUUCAACCUCAGUUCCUCCCAGAGAGAAUUUAACAUCCGUGUUAUGUUGAGUUUACGGCUGUUUCACUCACUAAAUCUCUCUCUUCUCAUCAUUUCUCACACUACUUUAUUUUAAGUGUGUCCUUGUACUGUACGCCAGUAUUGCAGUACAAGAUUACCUUUAUUGUGAUGGAGGAUUAACUGAUUUAGCUGUAAUAACAUGGCCUAUAGCUACCCAUUGCAACACAGUGUAUCUGUUGCUGAGCAGUGCCCUCUGCUGCCUCAAGAGGUAAUUGCAGGAUACUGGCACAUAAAACUCUAAUGGGCCCUGAUCAUACCUGAGCAUGAAAGGAACUUAAAACAACAGUGAUCAUCAUCUCAGUACAAAGUAGCAGGCAUUCUGUACUAGUUAGGAAUGUCUGCGCCAGUGUAUAAAAUCUUGACUCGGCUACAACACUCCUAACAUGUUCUCUCACUCACUUCCUGGCGUCCCCGCUCCCUAAAUUGGGAGCAGAAUGGCUUUCCCCCAUGUGUGUCGUCUGUGGAGGACGUGGAGGUUUAAGUCAGCUUCUGUUUUUGUUUAAAAAACCACUGUCUACAGGUAACUAACUCAGGUAAAUUUACUGUAAAGGAAAGAAAAAAAAAAAAAACUUUAAUUUUACUACUAUUGUCCUUCAUAAUGAUCCUCAUGCUGUGUGGUCAUUCAGCUAUAAAUGAUUGUUUUACGAUAGUCUUACGUUAUCUCAUGAUUGACCUUAAUCUCAUCCUCUUAACCCUGUGAUGACCUUUACACACAUUGUAUCUCUGUUUACCAUCACUGUUUUUAAAUUGUCGUCGUACACGUUCGGCUGCCAAAUCGCCCGCUCUUUUUCUCCCCCCCCAUGCUUCCCAUUUGACAUCAGUCUACUAUAACCAAGUUGCUUUGUAAUUUCAUGAUUUUAAUGUAACACAGUUGACGCGUAGCUAGGCGACGACCCUCGGUUUCCUGCCCCAAUUCUGGAUAGAUGAUGAUGAUUUGACGUGUGUUGCGAUUGGUUGGCGUGACGACUUCUCUCCAAGGAUUUUUUUUCUUUUCUUUUUAAAAAGAUUGUAGCUUAAGUGAUGUUUGAGACGUUGCUGCUUUAAAGAGAUUCUACUGAUUGAGCCGCUGCUAAAAAAAAAAAGCGAAAGACAGCAACUGAAUGGUUUUAUGUUAUGAUUUUUGGGGUGGUGUUGGGGUGGUGGUGGUUAUGAGAGGACUGGUUUCACGGAUUAGACACGUCUAGUUUUACAUAUAGACGUCGGUGUAACUCUUGUAGCUGGAAGCUGUUGGUUAUUUGUCUUCUUUCUUUUAAAGGAAUACUUCACCUAUUUGCAUUUAGCUUUGUAUUACUAGAAUAGAGGUAGUGUUUUUGAAAUAUUGUGCUUCCCAAACCUCAGUUUCCUAGUUGAAAUUCUUCAUUAUUUUCUUUGUUAGCGAUACUUGGUCCUGUUAGCGUAACUGUUAGCAAAGAUGGUGGAAACUGUUUACAGGUCCCGUCCCCCUAUGAAUGGGUCUUGAAAGUGCGUUGCAGUUUCGCUGUGUGGGCACGUAACAAAAAAUGAAUGAAGAUAUUUCUCGACACAUGGGAAACUGAGGUUGGGAAGAACAACAAACUACUACCCUUAUUCUAGUAAUACAACGCUAAAUGCUAAUCAGUGAAGUAUUCCUUUAAGUCUUGUGGAGAGAUCACACAGCAGCUUGAGUCUUAAUAUUUCUCGAUUUCAGUCGCACAGAUUGAUUUGUCGUCGUGUCACAAGAUGACGACGGUGGUGUAGCUGAAAGUGUUGGGGAGGGGGAAAUCAACUAAUAAGCAAACCUGUUAAGUUAUGCAGAUGUUUCAUGUACAGAUUGACACGUCAUGGUCCCGAUGAGGAAUGUCCAUGUGCAACAAAACCUGGGUAGACGGAUUGUAAAGAGUCACAGGCAGAUUCACACUGGUUUGUAGUAAUACGAUUAUUAUUAUUAUUAUUAUUUUUUUUUUUUUAAAGUUCAUCUUUAAUAUGCACCUUUAAUCUCAAUAGAAUCACUAGAAACAGAAAGUUACCGAGUGACGUGGUGUGGUUAACCUCUGUCGGACUCUACUUUCCAGUGUGAUGAACGCGAGACUCUCCAGGACUAAUGUUACAGACUUUAUAAUCUUUUUUUAAAUUCUUUUGUUUAUCAUCUUUAAAUGCUGAACAGUUUCUGUAUCGUUUUACUGACCAAGCUCUGCCGUCUCUACACAAACGGCGGAACCACUUGGAAAUGCAACGCUAAAAAAACAAAAAAAAACAACGUCUCACUGCCCCCACUUUGCCUCAAACCCACUUUUUAUUUGAUUUUAAUCGAUAAUAUGCACAUCUUUCUUUUUGUUGCAGCAUAUCCAUACAUAACAUGAAAACCCUCAUCUUUGAUUUGAAUUUAUUACGGUUUGUCUCUGAACCAAAAGAGACGGCAGACUAUUAGAAUAUUAUAUAUUUUUUUCCAAAAGUAAUUUUUCUUAAAUGAAACUAGAUACUUUGUCUGAAAUAAUCAAUAUGAAAGCUAAAGAGUCUUUUAAGGGAUAUUAACGGAAGUUAGGGGUUUAAUUUUUGUUGUUAUUAAUCACUGCCUUAUUUCUCUGUCCGUGACUCCGUGUAUUGUCUCCAUGUAUUGAAACAUUGAUUAUUGAUCAGUCUGGCAGCUUUAUGAAUCUCUCCUCCGUUUCUAGUCUGUUGUUGUUAAUGUCUUAUCACAAUCAUAUCAUGCACUUGCGUACAGGGCAUUGUUGAAUGAAUCUGUAUUAUUAAGUAAGUGACUCCCAGUAAUGCAUCGUUUGACUAGGACUCCCUUGAAUCUGUGCAAAUAUCCACUCCUGUUCCCGAGACGCUUCCUCUUAAAAAAAAAAAGUGAAUGUUGAAAAGUGUAAACGGAAGCUGAGUUUCCAUCUAAAAAGAACAGAAGGGUUUAUUAUUUUUAUACAUGUCAAUCUCAUUUAUUUCUUAUGGUUAGCGCCAAUCAACUGAAGCAGUUCUAAUGCAGCCACUGGUUUCUUCUUAAUAUACCUAAAUUAUCAGAACUGAAUAAUUCUAAUAACAGUAAUAUUAACUAUUCAAUGGUACCAUUCAAUGGAAUGUCAAUUUAAAGGCUAUUGCCAACAGAUUAAAUACAUCAUACAAUUAAAAAAAAUCUGUUUUUAAAUGAUGUAGUUUGCUGUAAAUGGGUGAAAACAUGUAUAAAACCCUGACGGAACAAAACCGGCCAAUGAAUUUAAUAAUAUUUGAAGAGUUGUGUAAACUGUGGAUGCAGCAUGUUUGGACGACAGGACUGUUGUACACUUAGUUAAACAUCUACUGCUUUCAGAAAUGUACAGUAUAACCUCUGGAUGCGGCUUUUACCCAUACUGGAAACAAUUAAAUCGGCUCACACCACACUAACACACGUACAGCGUACUGCAUCAGUCCAAUAGAGGUCGAUUUAAAACUGCUGCAGCCGCUGCUUUGCCGACUUCUCUCCAACCGAAAAUCCAUAUGCAAACUGAACGUUUGAAGGUCAAAGCAAACCUGUGACUUCAUCAUCUUCAGUGAUACUUUCAAACGUAUGCUGUUCUCAUUUUGUUUACAUUUCAGCUGCUCUCUUCAUGACGAGGAAAAAAAAAGUCCAAACAUGAUUUACAGUAUAUCUAUGUAUACAUAUAUAUAUAUAUUCAGUAUAAUUCUUUGACUUCAGGACUUUCAAACAAAGUCCUGGCUGGAACAUGUUCUUUGUUUUCUGUUUAUGGAAAAGUACUCGGCAGAAUAACCUAACCUGUCGCUCUCCAUUUAAGGACCAUUGAGCUGGUGUGACACAUUCUAGACCAUUAAUCACAGUGUGUUCUACACAUCACUGCGAGCUGUUCUCAAAGUAUGCCGUGUGCCGUUUAAAAAUAGCCAUUAUUUAAUUCAGAAAUUAUUUAUUUUUAAAUGAUGUAUAUAGUGACUUGAGACCCCCUUGAAACAUCACAAGGGAUUUCUUGUAAAACAGAUUUUUAUUCCACAAUUGGUCGAUGAAAAAGCUUUUUAACGAGUUCACACCGUAAAAUCACUACGUAGCUGCUCGGAAACGUUUGACAUGAGCGGGAUGAGUUGAAAAUGUCUCGCAGUAAUGUGAAUGGGUUAAAAUAUGCAAGACCAACUGUUUGGUUCCUUAAUGUGGACCAAGAAGAAAAAGUGAUGAGGAUAGUGAUGAGACACUGGUGUCCUCUCAGCCAAUCAGAAUAACUUGCCUUUCGGUUUUGUUGCUGCUUUUGAACAAAAAGCUGCACUCACCAGCUCAAACAUGAGAUGAGCUGCAUUUCCAAAACCCUCACCCUUUCCCACUGGACACACAUUUAAUGAAAGACAUGGUCGACGUAUACAGUUGCUUUACCAAAAAAAACAAAAAAAAACCCCCAUAGAUCUCUGAUUCUGAUUGGCUGUGAUAUCCUCUCGCACUUUUUCCUUCUUUGUAAUGACUUUCGAUCCACUUAAGUGUCUUCAUGUGAUAUUUGAUUUCAGGUGUAAAUGCACAGUUAAGCACGAGCGACUGUGGAACAACCACCCACGCGUGGUGUUAAAAAAGCAAACGGCGUGAAUGCACAUGGCAUGCUGUUUGUUUGCGUUGUCAUCAUUUAAGCCAAACCUGUUGAUGAUAUCUGCUGCCCCCACCCCCCCCCCUUUUGAGCCUCUUCAUGGAAACUUCUCCGUGUGGGUUUUGAUAGUGUUUGACUUUUAAUAUACUGGAUUUAACAUGACGACUUCUAAAUGAGCCUGAAACAGAGCAGAAAACUUCAUGAGUGUGCAUUACGAGAGGAACGUCCCUCGACAUCUACAAACCUGAUAAUCAUUAUUUUUUCAACAAUAAAAAAUAUUAAUCAAA